CCUUUUCUUGUACAGAGAUCUUUUGUUUGAUUUUACCUCAAGUUUAUUAUUAUCGAUUUCGUGAAUCGAUACCGAAGCUUCCGACGAGUAUUUUAUUUGUCAUGAGCAAUCUACAAUAAUUACUCGUCAUACCCAACUUUCUUCCAUCCUACUAUUACCACAGAUUCGCAUCGCGAAUCGUUCUGCAAAUCACCCAUCAGCUGCGACAGAAACGAGAAUCAUUAGCCCAUCAUGUCGGAACUCGUCGACCUCGUCGCCCAUCUGUUCGACUCCGUGAACCAGUUAUUCACGCUGGUCAAAGAUCGCUUCUCCCACAAUGUCAGCGAGUCUUUCACUUCUAUGACGCCAAAGCAGUGGAUUCGACUAGUCAUCAUCGUCGGCGCAUACGGACUGCUCCGACCUUACAUCAUCAAAUUGGGCGCCAAACACCAAGAGAAGCAGCUUGAGAAGCAAUUCAAGGAAGAGGAAGAGCGACAGGCGCAAAUUUCUCCCAAUCAGCUGCGCGGCGAAAUCGGCGUCCCCGAUGACAGCGACGAUGACGAGCAGGCGGAAACAACGGCUUCGGAUUGGGGAAAGAAGGCUCGCAAGCGACAGCGAAACAUGAUCAAGAAGCUACUGGACGCCGAAGAGAAGAGACUUCAGGAGCUGCAGGAAGAUGAGGAGGAUAAGGACAUCGAGGAAUACCUCGUCGGAUGAAUUCGAUGCAUCGUGCCGAUACGCCGGAGGGCAGUCGGCUCGUUUCGUUAUCGCGGCUUACAAACCCCAAGAUGCUUGUCGGUCAGAUCGCCUGUUUUACCGCUAUUCGGAUAAAUUUGCAAAUGGAAUCCUGGAAACUCGACUUUUGCUAGGGCGACCUGCAUAGUCUGACAAAUAUCCAGUUCACCUAAUCGAGGGUCCCCCAGACAUUGUGUUUAACCUUUCGUGCGUUGGCGUCUACAUAUGAUCGGGACAUUCUCCAUGCUGUGCAACUCUCCUCAACUUAAUGCGCAAUGGAGUUAUAUGCUGCCGGGCCCUGAUACUAUAGUUGAAAGGUAGCAUACGCACGAUCCGAAUCAAAUACGAAUGCAAGCAGACCCGGACUCGAGUCUCAUCUUACGCCUUUAAAGGUCAUCGGCUGUGCUACCUACUCUAC